CAGCGUUGAGCGUGUAACGCGGCACCACGUGAGUCUGCUCGAUUUAAAUGCCAUGCACUUUCCGAUGCAAAGCCGGGCACCGCUACGAAAUCUUCACAAAGACGGAUACAGCUCUCGCAAGGCAGCAGCAUAUAUUAUGUAUGCUAAUGUGAAGAUCUGUGGCCGUGGUCUCAGACGCCCUUUUCUACGUGAAAGCUCCACCUUACAGCGGUGUUCUGACCUCAGCGGUGGGCUGGAUCACAAGGGAGGGAUUUUCAGGCUUGUGCUGGUGUGGGGAGCCGUAUUUCUGUCUAUCUUUGGAUCUGAGUGUGUAUUUUACAUUAGCAGCAGGAAGGGGGGGGGGGAGACGGGUUUGCCUAAAUAGCCCCGUCUGCAGACAUCGCAUUGGAUCUCCGUAUUUGCGUCUCCGAUUGGAAUAAAUAAUUAAGGAAUGUGGAAACUACAGAAUGCCCAACAGCACUGCAAAGAGAUUUAAACCCACCAAAUACAUCCCGGUGUCUACUGCAGCUACUCUUCUCGUGGGCUCCACUACUUUAUUCUUCGUUUUCACGUGCCCCUGGCUGACACAGGCGAUCUCCCCAGCUGUCCCCCUGUACAAUGGGGUUGUAUUUUUGUUUGUAUUGGCCAAUUUCAGCAUGGCAACCUUCAUGGACCCAGGAGUGUUCCCUCGAGCCGACGAGGACGAGGACAAGGACGACGAUUUCCGGGCCCCGCUCUACAAGAACGUGGAGAUCAAGGGAAUUCAGGUCCGGAUGAAGUGGUGUGCCACCUGCCACUUCUACCGGCCCCCGCGCUGCUCCCACUGCAGCGUCUGUGACAACUGCGUGGAGGACUUUGACCAUCACUGUCCCUGGGUGAACAACUGCAUCGGCCGCAGGAACUACCGUUACUUCUUCCUGUUCCUGCUGUCGCUCAGCACACACAUGGUUGGCGUCUUCUCCUUCGGCCUGCUCUUCGUGCUGCACCACCUGGAGAGGCUGGGCGCCUUGCACACCACGGUCACCCUGGUGGUGAUGUGUGUGGCCGGCCUGUUCUUUAUUCCAGUCAUCGGACUCACCACCUUCCAUAUGGUUCUGGUUGCCAGGGGCCGGACGACAAACGAGCAGGUGACCGGAAAGUUCCGCGGGGGGGUCAACCCGUUCACCCGAGGUUGCCGUGGAAACGUGGAGCACGUCCUGUGCAGUCCACUCGCCCCAAGGUAUAUAGCGGACCCCAGGGAAAAACCGCAGGUAUGCAUCAAGCCUCCAUUCCUCCACCCCAGCCUCACGGACCGGCAGAUCACGGUGAAAAUCAGCGACAACGGGAUUCACGCCAACAUCCACAGAACCAAAUCUAAAUCGAGCCUGGAUGCGCUGGAGGACCUGCAGAUGGACAGCCAGCCCCCGCUGCCCCCCAAGGCGGACCCCAGCAAGUACACGGAGCUGAAGAGCCAGCUGACGUCCAGUGAAGAGAGCACCCUGUCCACACAGCCACUGAACCCCUCCACCCCAGCCAUGUACAAGUACAGGCCUUCCUUCAGCACCAUGCCCAAAGUGCACUACCACCCCACGGGAGAGAAGAUCGUGAUGCAAGACGACCGCGAGGCUGCGGCCAUUGUGGAGGAGAGUGGGAGGGGUCACGACUACCGCUCGGAGCCCAACCUGGACCUGCCGGAGUACAGGAACCCCUCCCUGCACAGGACGUUCCAGUCCUCGCCCCUGCAGCUGGACUCCUUCGCCGCCAGCUCGCGCUCGCUCAGCCUCAAGCACGCCCACCGCCGCGGGGGCGACAAGGCUGCCCUGCACCCCCUGAGGUCGGAAGGGGCCACCUCCACCCCCUACAAGAGCAUCUUCUCUCCCGGCGGGGCGCUGUCCAGCCGGAACGGCAGCCUGUCCUACGACAGCCUGCUCAACCCCGCGCUCUCGCCCGCGGCCAGCGAGUGCCUCGCCCACCCUGGGGUGGCUCCGGGGGGGUACCACUCGCCCUACCUGUCCGCCAAAAUGUGCCACGUGCGGGGAUCCGAACUGCAGCGCCAGCUCCCGCCCACCUACAGCCCCAUCCUGGGGGGCGGCGGCGGCGGCAGGCGCUCGCCUCACCCCCGAGAGCCCUCCCCCGUGCGCUAUGACAACCUCUCCAAGACCAUCAUGGCGUCCAUCCAGGAGCGCAAGGAGCUGGAGGAGAGAGAGAAGCUCCUGCACUUGCACGCCCAGGCGCAGGCCCAGGCCCAGGCCGCGGACUCGGGCGUCUACGACGCGCCCAGCGGGUACAGCCUGCAGCCGGGCGCCUGCUUCCCCGAUGACCCGCGCGGCCACCCGCCGGCCGGCCCCUUCGGCUCCCGCGACGACCUGAUGGGCAGCGUUUCGGCCUUCGGCGCCCGGAACCCCCUCCUGCGCUCCUCGGCCACCUCGCUCGGCAGCGCCGCCCUCUCCCGCGCCCCCAGGACUUCCACCACCUCUCUGCACGCGGACCUGGCGAACAACAACGUGCAGGGCAGGCCCAGCGAGGCGCCGUACAGGUCCCCUGCGCACCAGGUGCCCCACUCCCCUUUGGUGCUGCCCCGCUCCCCCUCUUACAGCCACCAAAAGCCCCUCUCCUUCAUCAACGCCUUGGAAAUGACGGACUCACCACCUCUGGGAGGCCCAAGGGACGAUGGCCACGUGAAACAGGCCCACAGUAAAAUAAACGGGCAGCCCAAAGGCCUGACCAGGGCCGACUGCCGCCUGGGGACCCCGUCCGGUUCCCAGAGUACCCCGGUGAGCCCAGGCCGCCACACGAGUGUUAAAAAAGUGUCAGGUGUGGGCGGGACGACGUACGAGAUCUCGGUGUGAGCGGGCGUCGCGCCAGCCAGGCCGGAGGCACUGCCGCGGGAACCGCUGGAGCUUGCGUGUUAAGAAGGGGGCCUCGACCAAUCGGCCACAGGCUUAUUCCCCAGGGAAUGACUGUCCAGCCAAUCAGACGGUUCCUUCUUUGCCACUGUGGACACAGCAGUCCCACAGUGUCCUGCCCGUGAGCGAUGGUCCGGGAGAGGACGUUUUUUUUUCUUCCUCGCACAGGAGGACCUCAAAAAAUAAGUUCAAAGUGAAACAAAAGAUGAGCCAUUGUUGCAGUUUGUUUGUCCAGUCUUGUGUGUAAUCCACUGGGAGAGGGACCAGUCAGGUUGAUACCAUUUUUUUAAGACGACAUUUUGUUAUGGCUUUGAAAGCCAUCCACACUCCGUUUCAAGUUUUUGUCUUCAUUCCACCAUCACGUGUACUCUUCUCCACCGAAAACCCAAAUAAGGGCCAAUCAUUUGUCGCAGGUCAACAAAAUCCCUCUUUUGCUAAUAUUGGAGUCUUGCUAAUAUUAUGUGAAAUAUUCUGUAUUGGUAAGAAUGACACAUUUCAGUUUUCUGUGUUUGGCUCACAUGGAGAGGUUUAAAAGAUCCUUCCUUUUGGUAUUCGUUCUAAGGUUCGUUACGUUAUUUUUCAUUACAUUUUGAUUUUCAGAGGAGCCAAGUGGAUGUUAGCAGUUUGAUAAAAUGUAACGCACUUCUUGAACCUUCAUUAACCAAAACAUACAUGGAACGUCUUGCGAGGUUGAAUUUAAGAAACAGAACAAGUAGUGCUGAUUUUCUUUCGCAUGUGUGAGGGUGUUGUGUUUCUGACUGCGUCCCAGUGCUUUGUUUGAUGUGUUAUUGUUUCUCCUGAGAACGGAGAGAGGCAGGAGCUCUGUAGCAGUAGCCUGUGUUGUGUGUUGCCAUACAUUUCAGUGUGCAGGUGGAAUUCUCUUGGGCAGCCAUACAGGAGUGAGGAACUAUAUUUAAUGCCUAUCAGAUAGUUAUUUGUAAACAAAUUCUAGUGUAUAAAGUCACCGUUAUUUUGUUUCUUUCUUAUAUCCAGCAUUUCAGUUGGUUUUCACAUUACUUUGGUUGUUUUUUUUAUCAUUUUUACAACUAGAAAUGAUUUUUUUUUAGGUCUUGGGUGAACUUUAUAUAAUUUUC